GGAGAGGAGAAUCGGACAGAUGUAGAAAACACGUGGUUCAGCAGAAAAACCUCCAGACUCGGGACUUCCUUUCUCCUUUGACUUUUUUGUGGUUUUUUGCAGGCAAGGAGAAACAUCAACACGUUUCUUUUUUCCAUUGGCUUGUUGGAGCAGGACAAACCGGGAUAUGGUUAUCCACAUUUUCGGGAAUUCUGCAAGUUCAUUGCUGUAGAAGUUUCGAAACUAUGGGAUUUCUUUAAGAGGAUGCUGCAGAUGAAGAUCUGACAAGGCGCUACAUCUCUCUCUCCAGAACUUGGACGACUGAAGUUCUUCUGACCUGUUUGAUCUGUGCACCUUCAUCAUCCAUUUGCUCCAGAAGGGUUUUCUGGGCAAAUGGUAAACGAAUCGGCAUCAAAUCGGGUCUUUAGCAGCUGUGAGAAACUUCACCAAACACGAUGAAAGACGACUUCACUGAUGACGAGGAGGUGCAGUCCUUCGGAUACAAGAGGUUUGGGAUCCAGGAGGGGACCCAGUGCACGAAAUGCCGAAAUGAGUGGGCACUGAAGACGGCCAUUGUUCUGCUCUAUGUCCUGUGUGCCCUUCUGACCAUCGCUGUGGCCAUCCUCGGAUACAAAGUGGUGCAGAAGGUGGACACUGUGACCGAGGGAAUGGAAAACUAUGGAGGGAAGAUUACCGCCGUGGAGAAGGACCUACAGAAGCUUGACGAUCAGACCAAAUCAGACAACACCACUGGGGAGAUCCUAGCCUUCCAGUUUCACGUGCAGAAACUGCAGCAACAGCUGCGGGAGAUCGCUGCACGGGCGGUCAAUAACAAGGCAGCCCUGGACAAGCUGCAGGAUGCCGGAGAGGAUAUGCAGAGCAGCCACAGCUCCCUGCAGGGGCUGCUGGACAGCAACUCAGACAUGAUCCGCAACGUCAACCAGACCCUGCUUGCCUACAGUGGUUACAUCUCAGGCCUGCAGGAUGACACCGCACGACUGCAAACUGAGCUGCAUGCGCAGGCCAGGGACCGCAGCCAGAUGCUGGUGAACAUCAGUGGUCUCAAUCUGACCCAGGCACAGCAGCAGGCUGCCAUCACCGCCCUGCAGAGAUCCAUGGGUGAUGCCAGCCAAGCCAUCCAGAAGAUCAAGAUCGACUUUCAGGGGCUCCAGCAGAGCGCCCAGCAGACUCGAGCAGAUACUGACUGGCUGAAGGAGAAGGUGCAGAACCUACAGUCAUUGGCUUCCAACAACUCGGCCCUAGCUAAGGCAAACAACGAGUCCCUAGAAGACAUGGGUGCCCAGUUGACCACCCUUACCGGCCAGGUACAGAAUGCCUCGGCACUGAUGGAGGCCCACGAUCAGAGCCUAAGGGAGCUGGUGGAGCAGCAGCGAGAGCACAUCAAUGUGACAGCCAGCAAGUUUGACAGCUUUGAGGUGCGCUUGGACGCCGCUGAGCUCAGCAUCGACCGUGUCACAGGCAAUGUCAGCUUUGCCACCCAGCUACUGGGCGCCAUCAGCACCAACCUCAAUGACCUGCGCUCCUGCUCUGAGACAGUGGGACGGCACUCCGACUAUCUGCUGGGCCUCAAUAGCACAGUAUCCGAAGUACGAUCCGACACCUCUGCCCUGCGCUCCCAGCAGGAUGAGCUGGCUGCACGGCUGGACAAGGAGGUGACCAGCCUGUCCAUCGUCAUGGAGGAGAUGAAGGUGGUGGACAGCAAGCACUCACAACUGAUAACAAACUUCACAAUCCUGCAAGGUCCUCCAGGUCCACGGGGCUCACGGGGGGACAGAGGUUCCCCAGGAGCAGCGGGACCGACUGGCCAAAAAGGGGAGAGGGGAGAUAAGGGUAGCCCAGGUAUUCAAGGUUCUAGAGGUGAGAAGGGCUCACCAGGACUUCCAGGGGUGCCAGGCUUCAAGGGUCAGCCUGGCUCUCGGGGAAGUCCUGGUCCCAAGGGCUCCAGGGGUUCAGGGGGAAGGGCAGGCCCCCCAGGGGCUAAGGGUGAGCCUGGUCCACCUGGGCUGCCUGGUAGGGAUGGGCAGCCAGGCCCCGUAGGUCCACCAGGUCCAUUGGGUGUUAGAGGGCCACCCGGAAUCCCUGGUGACCAGGGUCCUCGGGGACCAGUUGGACAGACAGGACCACCGGGAUUACCAGGACCACCGGGAAUACCAGGAAUCCCCGGCACCAAUGUGGGUCCUGUAUCCCUGCAAGGAGAGCUUGUUGCCCUCACUGCUGAAGGAGAAUGUGCCAUACCAUGGAUCCCGUUCAAAGGCAAAUGCUACUUUUUAUCCAAUGAUGCGCUUCCAUUUGAUGAGGCAAACAAGAGAUGUGCUGAGACUUCUGCCACGUUGGUUAUUAUUAACAGUAUGGAGGAGCAGCAAUGGUUGAAGAAACAGAUCGCAGGCAAGGGCUACUUCUGGCUGGGCUUGACUGAUAGAGAGAAGGAGGAUGUUUGGCAGUGGCUGGAUGGAAUGCUACCGACUUUCACGAACUGGAAGCCUGGCCAGCCAGACAAUUGGAGCCAUAACCAUGAGGAGGGGGAGGACUGCGCAAUGCUCAUCAGCGAAGGGCUCUGGAAUGACGCCGACUGUGUCACUCCCCACCAGUACAUCUGCGAGAAGAGCACUGACAGCCAUGAGCACGCAACGCCACCAGCAUCAUAGCAUCCGUCAAGGCGGGACAGAGGGAGCCGACGAGCAGCGUCAGCUGGCACGAGGUCCGAGUCAUUUUCCCCGUGAGAUCCACAGGCCCUGGAUGGUCGCUAUAGCUAAAGAGACCCCGGGAGAGGAGACAUCACUGCGAAGUUAUUGUCGCUGGCAAGCCUCCAUUCUGCGGACUGGGACCUUUACCGUUGGCCGUUUGGCUCCUUUGCCCAAAAGACUCUUGGUCCUGCCAACAUUAUUUCAAGAGACAUUCUCCUGCCUUGAUACCAAAGAGGCAAAAUCAAACUCAUAGCAUUACUUAGUUAUAAAUGAAAUUUAAAGAACCAUGUAGUUUUUUUGUGUGCGUGAGUGCGUGCGUGCGUGCGUGUAUAACUGUGUGUGUCCGUUUUAUUAAAAUGACAUUCCACCCAUCAUUAUAGUCCACACUUUAACCAGUUUCCAAAAUAUAUGCUUUUAUACAGAAGCUAAAUAAAAUAAACUUUUUUCCCCUAAAAGAUUCAUUGAUUUCCUUUGUAACCUUGACAGUUUAGGGAAUUUGAUUGAUGCAGCAGUAUUGAGCUUUUGUGCCACUGAGGGUUGCCUUUUAAUUAACAUCUUGCUGUAUUUAGCUACAGUAUAUUAAUGAAUUCAUUGAAACGCAGACACUAUACAGUAAAGGCAUUUGUUUGAUUUUAAGAAACAAAGUUGUAAGUUUACAUUUUCUACAAUAUUUUUGUACUUCAAAGAUUUUUUUAAUGAUGUGUAUGAUUGUGGAAAAGUCUAGUUUUAUCAGAUGUAUUUUAAAAGGUGUACAGGCAAGCACAGUUGACCUCUACUUGGAAGACCAAAUCAAGCCUUUCCUUCUCUUACACUCAGGGAAAUGUUUAUUUCCUGCUCAGCUGCAUUCAUAAUUGGCCUCCUUUCCCGUCAUUUACUUCUGCUGAUGGCUGUGAAAUUGUAAGUCGCUGCAGUCACCCACAAUGCUGUUACCUAAACAAAUAAACACAUAUAAGCUUACACUUCCAA